UUUCGAGUAUAUCAAACUCUCUCAAAUGGCGCGUGACAACUAUAUUCCCUCGAAACAUGAGGCCAUGUACAAAUUUGAGGCUGGAACCCAGUAUAUGAAAGAUUAAAAAAAUCAGUAAAUCUUACUUUAGAAGUAGAACAAGUCUGAAUGAUUAAAAAGUUAAAGCGGUGCUGUUCUUCUUCUUCUUGUUGUUGCUAAAGCCACCAGCUUUAUACUGCCCUGCUGCUCAUAUCAAUUGUUCUUUCUUAAUCUGUAUUAUAGUGAUGUACUUGUAUGUUCUUUUCCCUGAGCAUUAGUUUAAAGAAAAUUUGGAGAUUGGAGGAAGGGGUUGUGCAGUUUUCCUCAAGAAACAUGCAAAGAGUAAGGGUAUCAUCACAUCAAGCUCCAGUGCAAAGGCUGGGUGAUUCACAAAUGACAUUGUCCCCAAAGUUUAGGUUAGGUGCAAAGCAAUCUGAUUUACUUGAUCCUUCAUUUGAGUUAGAAAUGUGGCGAAAGGGAGAACCCCUAAUUCCUGGACUUCCAGAUGAUGUUGCUCUCAACUGCCUCCUUAGGGUACCCGUUGAUAACCACAUCAACUGCAGAGUUGUAUGUAAGCGAUGGUAUUCACUCUUUGCCACUAAAGAUAGAUUCUUUUCUCGAAGGAAGGAGCUUGGAUUUCAUGAUCCUUGGCUUUUUGUCUUUGCCUUUCAUAAAACUAGUGGGAAAAUUCAGUGGAAAGUUUUUGAUCUAAAAAGCUCUUCUUGGCAUACUAUCCCUACGAUGCCGUGCAAGGAAAAAGUGUGCCCCCAUGGAUUCAGGUGUAUCUGCUUUCCCCAUGACGGUGUUCUCUAUGUUUGUGGUGGGGUAGCCUCUGAUGUUGAUUGUCCCCUUAAUUUGGUGGUUAAGUAUGAAGUUCAGAGAAACCGUUGGACUAUUAUGAAGAAGAUGAUCACAGCUAGGUCCUUUUUUGCCAGUGGAGUUAUUGAUGGGAUGAUUUAUGUUGCCGGAGGAAACAGCACACAUCUUUUUGAGCUGGACUCUGCUGAAGUCUUGGAUCCUAAUAAAGGGAUUUGGUGCCCUGUUGCAAAUAUGGGAACAAACAUGGCCUCAUAUGACUCUGCAGUUCUUAAUGGGAAGCUUCUAGUAACCGAAGGCUGGUUUUGGCCAUUUUAUGUUGUGCCUAGGGGCCAGAUUUAUGACCCUCAAACAGAUAAUUGGGAGAACAUGGCUUCUGGACUUCGAGAAGGUUGGACUGGUUCUAGUGUUGUGCUAUAUGGGCAAUUGUUUGUAGUUUCCGAACACGAACGCACAAAACUUAAGGUUUAUGAUCCGGAAACUGAUUCCUGGGACACUGUUGAAGGACUUCCACUGCCAGAGCAGAUAUGUAAACCUUUCUCUGUAGAUUGCUGUGACAACCGGAUUGUUGUCGUAGGCCGAAAUCUUCAUGUUGCUGUAGGACAUAUCAAGAGCCUGCAGCCAUCUAUGAAACGCUGCUCAUUUGCUGUUUACUGGCAAGUGGUAGAUGCUCCUGAAUCCCUCUCUGACUUCACGCCAUCUAGUGCACAGGUUCUAUUUGCUUAGCCGCUUAGUUUUCAUCGCAACUACAUGGGAUCGCCAAAACUGCGUGUGAAAUAUUUCCAACAAGGUCCAGUACUCUAUUUGUGAGUUUUCCUCAGUUUCUACUGUAUUUAGCUCUAAUAUAGUAAAUCCAUUUACCAUUUAGCUUCCCCAGUUCUUAUAAUGUAGUUCUUGAUUUAUGCUAUUUCAUUAAGUGACAUAGUCGAAACUCAACCAGCUGGAAAUAGCCAUUACUGGAUUGUGGUAGUGUAAUAGUUGAUAUACUUGUAACAAAGCACAUUUGUGUAUUGAUCUAUUUAGUUAUAUGUAUUUUACUGCUCUA